GCCCACUUCAAUCUCAUCCCGCCAUCCAUCAGACGAUCAGGUCCUGAUUUCAGCUUGUAUUCCGCCACCAGAAUCAACAAAUUUCUGCGAACCCAGCUACCAAUCCAACACAAUGCACAUUUCCAUCAACCUUGUGCUGGGGAUUAUCUUCGCCAAUGUAUUCUACACGUGCGCCGAUCGGGAAUGCGCUGCGCGGGGAUGUGGAGCUACCUUGGUCCGCCAUGACUUCGCCAACGCGAAGUGCAACGUAAUGUUCACUUGUAACAACCGGGGCAAUCAUGGUCAAUGUCGACAAGACCUCAGCCAUUACCAGCUAGUCUGUCCAUAUUGGGAGCAGGACAGCAAUCACUCUCGGCACAUCUAUACGGGACGCUGCCCUUACGGUUCGACCAACCACGUGGUCGAUCAAGCUUGCGGCGCCUGCAGCCCUCCGGUAGCCAGCACCUCACCCCCUCAGACCUAUUACUAUUCCGGAGGCCGUUAGUUCAUUAUUUUCAACUCUUCCGUCAGUGUCAAUUGCCGAGGAAGAAGAAACAUGAUUGGUUACCAAACUAUACCCACCUAGCCACUUCAACCAUAUCGCCCACAUGGGUUUGAGUCAUUUUAUUCAUUCAUAAUAAUGUUUAUAUUUCCACUUCUUGUCAUUCAAAUGAGGAUUUCGAUCACUACUCUA